GAUCGCUAUUCUCUGUAGCACCGUUCAGCUGGAUUUUUCCGGAAAAGAUUAAGAUGUUUUUAUUUCUACUUGUGUUCACCGGGUUGUUUGUCGUGCCCGGUUCGGCUGUGCUUCGUACAAGAUUCUCGCGACGUGGGAUGUUUUGCAGCCGACAAGAUCAUGUCUUGCGCAACCACGUGGUAGCUGAACGUGACGUCGCAGACGAGUUAAGUUGCACCAUCGAAUGUGUUGCUGAACCAAGAUGUCGAUCUGUCAAUUUUAAGAAACGAGUGACAAACAGCAGCAGUGGCGCCAAAUGUCAGCUGAAUAACGCCACAAUGUUUUCAACCAAAAAAGAAAACUACGAGAAAAACUUAGACUACAACUACGUAUUUGACUCUGAUGACGUAAGUGAUUGUUCCUGGACAAUCCUUCCUGGUAGUUUUGUAAACACGAUAUGUAUUUAUUCUCUACUUUCUUUGUUCGAGAUCCCUGUAUCGUGCUCACAGAUCAAGGCAACAGUUCCUUCAUCCCAAAGUGGUUACUAUCUCGUGAGAGGUUCCUCAUCAAAAUGUUCAUCAAGAUUGGUCUACUGCGACAUGGAAAAUGACGGGGGAGGAUGGACGCUAGUGACCAGUGUUUCCAACACCAGCAACAACCACCUGCUGAUAAACAAGGUGAACUGCUUGAACAGCACUUUGUGUGUGGAGUAUACGACUACCAAUAUGCAGACAAGAAAGAUGGCAGAUGAUGAUAUUAGAGCAAUGGCUGGUAUGGAAGGUGUUUUUCGUGUUAACGUCCUGAAAGCGUCUCCCUUCAGGGUGUUUUUCAAGAUUCCUAGUGGAUCACAACACUUUGCUUCAUCAUGCGAUGGAAACAGCUGUCCAAGAAUAGUCACGUCCCAUAAUUAUCCUUACGUAUGGGAGUCGAACUGCAAAGGAACCAGCAUGGGAUACGCUAUUGGUUUCAGUCCAGUAGGAAUGGAAUGCUAUCAUGUCUAUGUGGACGAUUCUUGCCAUGCCAACUUAGCUAUUGUUGCACUGAGGGUGAUCACGGCCAGGGAGACCAACCAAUGUAAAUCGAUUGAAACUACGCAAAUAAUGAUCGGAAAGCGUCGAUCACUCAUCGAUGGGCAUCGAACACCAAUCGGCAAAUUUCGACCACCCAUCAACUGCCACCGAACACCAAUCGUCAAGCAUCGAUCAUUCAUCGACGAACAUCGAGCAACAAUCGACAAACGUCCACUACUCUUCCACGAGAAUCGGACACCAAUUGGCAGACAUCGAGGCUUCAUCGAAAAUCAGCGAACACUGAUCCAUAUCCAUAAGUAUUUUUGCUUCUUAGUUUUCCUUGGUGUUUUUGUCGAGCCCGGUUCGGCUGUGCUUCGUACGAGAAUCUCGCGCCUUGGGAUGUUUUUGAACCGACAAGAUCAUGUCUUGCGGAAUCACGUGGUAGCUGAACGUGACGUCACAGACGAGUUAAGUUGCACCAUCGAGUGUGUUGCUGAACCAAGAUGUCGAUCUGUCAAUUUUAAGAAACGAGUGACAAACGGCAGCAGUGGCGCCAAAUGUCAGCUGAAUAACGCCACAAUGUUUUCAGCCAAAAAAGAAAACUAUGAGAAAAAUUUAGACUACAACUACGUAUUUGACUCUGAUGACAUCCCUGUAUCGUGCUCACAGAUCAAGGCAACAGUUCCUUCAUCCCAAAGUGGUUACUAUUUCGUGAGAGGUUCCUCAUCAAAAUGUUCACUAAGACUCGUCUACUGCGACAUGGAAAAUGACGGGGGAGGAUGGACGCUAGUGACCAGUGUUUCCAACACCAGCAACAACCACCUGCUGAUAAACAGGGUGAACUGCCUGAACAGCACCUUGUGUGUGGAGUAUACGACUACCAAUAUGCAGACAAGAAAGAUGGCAGAUGAUGAUAUUAGAGCAAUGGCUGGUAUGGAAGGUGUUUUUCGUGUUAACGUCCUGAAAGCGUCUCCCUUCAGGGUGUUUUUCAAGAUUCCUAGUGGAUCACAACACUUUGCUUCAUCAUGCGAUGGAAACAGCUGUCCAAGAAUAGUCACAUCCCAUAAUUUUCCUUACGUAUGGGAGUCGAACUGCAAAGGAACCAGCAUGGGAUACGCUUUUGGUUUUAGUGGAAUAGGAAUGGAAUGCUAUCAUGUUUUUGACAACGAAUCCCCUCAAGACUGUCCCUCUCGCUGGCAAUCCUCUAAGUAUUCAAAUGAACGAGGCUUGUACGGAUUUACAUGCUGGGGAAACAACGGAAUAUUCUACGGCCUGAAUGGAUUUCUUUUUGUUAAGUAAUGGAGUUUACUGGGUACAGCACAGAACAGCAUAUUCCGCGUAGAAUAGACUUAAUUUCACUUAAUGAAUUCGAAAGUACUGGCACUGAACAUUGAAUCUUCCUAUAAGAAUGGUUAUCGUAUGAGUGGGAAACACACGGUACUGACUGACAGCACGUACACGUUACGAAAUGCCGUAACAUUGUAAUGGUUUUCCAUAAGAAUGGCCGUUGUCGUCUGAGUGGGAAACAUACGAUAGUGACUGACAGCACGCACACGGUACGACAUGCUGUAACACUAAAAUGAUUUCCCAUAACAAUGGUUAUCGUAUAAGUGGGAAAUAUACGGCACUGACUGACAGCACGCACACGGUACGACAUGCUGUAACACUGAAAUGGCUUACCACAAGAGACGGUAUGAAGCAAUACUCUAGGUCUUGCUUCCCACUGUAAAGCAACAUUCAUCCAGUUGAUCAUAUCUCUUAGAUACGUUUCUUCAAAUUUCAAAUUGAAGUAAAUUGUUACUUCAGCUUCGUGUUUUUCACAUUUAUUUUGUGAAGCUUUCUGCCUUGUCAAGCUAUCACAGUCAUCUGGAAGGCAGACUCGAAACAAGAAAAACACAAGAAAACUUGAGCAAGCAGUGUAAAGCGCUCGCAGUACGCGUGUGCAGAAAAAAAUCAAUUGGAUGAUUCUAAAAUAGGUUAAAAGAGGGCUCACGAUAGCUAUAAGCCUAAAUACGAAAGAUUUCUUCUCAUAGUUCAUUUUAUAUUAAUGCCAAUUAUUGCUUGACCUAAGAUCUAAAAAAAAAACAUAUGAUUGUUCGCAGUUUUCUGUCUGUUGUUGCAGAUAUUCUCAGUCUCCCUCCCACAACCAUUAUUCUUAGCGUUAAAACAAAAUAAGAUUGUUUACAUGUGACGUUCGUCAAUAGAAAACAUUCCGACGCGUAGAAACAAGAGCAAUAGCAUGUUUGAAAUAUCUUAGUAGUCAUAUACAAGCCACAUCGCUUUACCGUCGUGCACAGGCUGUACAAUUCAUAACUUUACACAUUACGAGAUUUGGAUUGAACAGAAAACAUGAUUACAUAAAAGAAAAUCAUUGGAUACACCCCUGUAAUAGAUCUUAGAACGUGUGGUAUUCCCUUGAUAACUAUUUCUUUUUCUACCAUUAAUGUUCGAGGUACAUGAAUAAGAAUACAACUGCAAUAGUUGA